AUGCCGUCGCGUGUUUUUUAUGUGGUCCUAUACAUAACAGUUUGUCUCAACUCUUCAUCAGCAAGCAACGAUGAAGCGAGGGAUUUCUUCGAGGAAAUGGAUAGAAUUCCGAAUUCUAAUAGAGUGAUUAAUGCUAUCCUGGAUAGGCUCGAGAGGAACCAACAUGUGGCAGCCAGAUUCAGGCAACGGCAGGCUGAGGAAGACUGCGAUCAUUCUUCAGAGGCUCUUCCAGAAUAUACAGAAACAAUAGAACCGACACGAGAAAGAGAAAUGCGCCAGCUGAACGUUAAAAAACAUUACCCCAUAUGUCACUUUGAUAGAAAGAUACAGAGGCUAAACACUUUGGAUUAUGAAUACCGGCCAGCGUACUACGAAGAAAUACAAUGUCUUCAUUCAGAUUUCGAGAAUACAAGAGAUUCCAAUGAGAUAUGUUCUAGCAUCGGCUUUACUUGCGUACAAUGGAACAAAACAAUACAUUUGACAAGGAAACGGUACAACAGCCACUGCUGGGAGGCUCUAACAAUGGUGAUACCAGCUGGCUGUGAAUGCAUGUGGCCUGCCCAUAAACUAGGAGAUAUAACUCUGCAUGCCUAA